AUGUUUUACCGACCAGGGGUCACCGAGCACAAUCUGCCUCAUGAUCCGUUCAAGGCUUGUGUGGUCCCGCGGCCGAUCGGGUGGAUUUCCACGAAGAAUCAGCAUGGCCAGGCCAAUCUAGCUCCAUACUCCCAGUUCAACAACCUCACCUUCGACCCCCCCCUAUGUGAUACGGUCGAAUGCACGCGCAAGGACACGGUCGUCAAUGCAGAACAGACCGGCCGCUUUGUCUGGAAUCUGGCCACCUGGGCGCUGCGCGAGGCGGUCAAUAUCUCUGCAGAACAGGUCCCAUAUGGAGUAGACGAGUUCGAGCGCGCGGCAGUCACGAAAGAGCCAGCCACCUUGAUGGAUGUUCCCAUGGUCCAGGAAUCCCCCGUGAAGUUUGAGUGCGAGUACUACUCCACCAUACGGCUUCCCGGAUCGCCGCCCAUGGGGACGGUCGAUAUUGUGAUUGGCAAGGUCGUCGCCAUUCAUAUUAGCGAUGAGGUUUUGACCGACGGUCUCCUGGAUAUCCGCAAAACAAAGCCUAUCGCGCGGUGCGGUUACUACCAAUAUGCAGUGAUUCAGGACACAUUUGACAUGCGGAUUCCAGGAAUGUCCGAAGACGUUCUGUACGGACUGGAAGGCAGCAUGAAGAAGAAUCGGGCGGCCAAUGCGCGGGGCAGCGGCACAGCAUGUAAUGAAGUUCCUUUCCAGCAGCUGGUCUAA